GGCCUGAGUUCUGUGAGGACAGGAGGCGGAAGAGGUGUGUUUAGUUCAGCAGACGCGCAGAAACCUCCACAAACUGGCAAAAGUGGCGGAGCUGAGCUGAGACCGAACAAGCGAGGCAAAAGAAGCGAGGUCGGACCGAACUCCGUCGAUCCGGCGCCUGUCGAUGCUCCGGUGUUUGUUUGAGUCCAAAAAGGAGGACGUCUCCUCGAAGACGGAAACGACGACGAACGAGUGAAAAAGACAAACGUGCUGAUUGGCCUGAAUCCGUUCUGAUCUCAUCGGACUCCGCUGGGUUUUUAGACAUUCCACUUCUGGCGACGGGGGAACGGACCGUGAACUACCGCUGUGCCUCGGUCCAACGUCAGCCUGGUGCCUUCCAGCGCAUGAAGGACUCGUGACUCGGUGUUGCCGUGUGUGUGCGCGUGCGUGCGUGCGUGCGCGUGCUGGCGCCGGGAUGGGGAACAGCAGCAGCGACAGGUCCAGCGGGGGUCAGGGUGAGAGGUCGUACAGGGACGGACAGGGAGCGAAGGAUGCGCGUCCCAACAUCCUGAUGGACAGCUCGGAGGACGCGGACCUGUUCAACGCCAAGGCUCCGCAGGAGAUGCAGGAGUUCCUGGCCUGGCAGCAGGACCUGGACAGCAACAGCAAGAACCCGGCGCAGGCCCGGCCCACCGUCUUCACCUGGUCGGGGGCCGCCAAGGAGGUCUACGUCUCGGGUUCCUUCAACAACUGGGCCACCAAGAUCCCGCUCAACAAGAGUCAGAAAAACUUCGUGGCCAUAGUGGACCUGCCGGAGGGGGAGCACCAGUAUAAGUUUUGCAUAGACGGCCAGUGGACGCUGGAUCCCACCGGGGCUGUAAUGACGUCUAAAACGGGCACCGUCAACAACGUCAUCCAGGUGAAGAGGACCGACUUCGAGGUCUUCGACGCCCUCAGGCUCGACUCCCAGGACUCGGACGUGUCAGACCUGUCCAGCUCGCCUCCCGGGCCCUACCAGCAGGAAGCGUACGCGGCCAGGUCCGAGGACAAGGUCCGGCACCCCCCGGUCCUGCCCCCCCACCUGCUGCAGGUGCUGCUCAACAAGGACACCGGCGUCUCCUGCGACCCCACGCUGCUCCCGGAGCCCAACCACGUGAUGCUCAACCACCUGUACGCCCUCUCCAUUAAGGACGGGGUGAUGGUCCUCAGUGCGACGCACAGAUACAAAAAGAAGUAUGUGACCACCCUCCUGUACAAGCCGAUAUAGACAAAGUCCUGAGCAAGGCAUGUUUUAAAUGUAUUAGUGAGAAAUCUUCUUUUUUAUUGAACCUCUACCAAAGACAUGUAGCUGUCAUUGCAGCCGUUUUGCUUGUUUAAUGUCAUUCAGUGUUGGGACGUUCUGAUUUCUACAGCAUUUCUACAACACAAAGCUUUGGCCUUCAUAUCAGUCAGUGAGUCAGUGUUGCAAAGGAACGAGGAACACUUUCAAACGUAAUGUAGCGUUUCUUGAACUAAAACCUCAGUUGAGUUUGUUUGUUCGUUUCUCUUUUUUUUUGAAUAAAUUCGACUCAAAUGUG